AUGCUUCCCGUUAUGCUGGUAACAAUUGUUUCAAUAAUUUCUACUGGAAAUAAUCGUCGAUCACUUGUGGAAUCAUUCGCUGUACAAUAUGGUCUUUUCAAAGAUUUCUUUCGAGUUUUCUUUUUUAGAAAUUUUGUAAAGAUUUCUGCUUUAUUGCGUUCCGGACGUUACCUUUGUACGAAGAUACCGAGGGAAGCAACACAGAUGGAUGAUGAAUUUAAUAUUAUUUCAAAAUCGUACGGUAUACAAAGUAUAGCAUCCGAAGUACAUCGUGUUUUGCUUAUUCAUCCACGGUUACGGCGUGGACGUUUCUUCGAUUUAAAUCCAACGAAAGCUAAGCUACAACUGGAAGAAGCUGUUGCAUUAGUCAAUACUUUGCCUAAUUUUAAAGUCAUAGAGACAACUGCUGUAAGCACUGAUCGCUCUACUGAGAAAAAGCGUCUUUGGGGUAGCGGACGUAUUGAGCGGAUAAUUGCUCUGAAAGGAAAAAUCGCUGCCACAGCACUGAUGAUUGACGUUGAUAUUUUAUCACCAAAGCAACAGGCUGAAUUGGCGUCAAUUUUCCGUAUUCCGGUAUAUGAUCGUUACAAUAUAGUAUUGCUCAUUUUCAAAAUGUUUGCUAAAACAAAGGAGGCUAAGUUGCAAAUUCAACUUGCCGAAAUUCCUUAUAUAAGGCAGCGGUUAUUAUCCAUGUAUGAAUUACGUGUAAAUCCGUCUACUUUCCAUCUUGACACAUCCGAGAAAUCGAGAGCCGAAAGACUGGAAGUUUUACGUUAUCGUGAGCAGCAUUUGCGAAAAUGCUUAAAAGCUGCUGUGGAAGAGAAGAUUAAUUUACGAAUUGGUGAAGCUCAAAAAAAUAUACAGACAGUGAUUGCUGUAGUCGGAUAUACGAAUGCUGGUAAAAGUUCUUUGAUUAAAAGAUUAACAGGACGAAAUUUAUAUGUUGAGGAUCGUUUGUUCGCUACAUUGGAUACAUCACUUCAUGUUUUCCGGUUACCAUCCGGUUUACCUAUACUUUUUGCUGAUACAAUUGGGUUCAUAUCGAAUCUGCCUACCCAAUUACUGGCAUCUUUUCAAGCUACAUUAAAUCACGUUGCGAAUGCAAAUUUAUUAUUACAUGUAGAAGAUAUUUCGAAUCCAGAUUAUCUCACACAACGUGAUGUCGUAAUGAAAACACUAUCAGCACUGAAAAUUAAGAAUGAAUUACUGGAUUCAGUGAUUCGAGUUGGAAAUAAAAUUGAUAAAUUGAGUCGUUUACCGGCCGAUGAACCUAACACAUAUUUUGUCUCUUGUGCUGAUGGUCGUGGGCUUGUCGAAUUGAUGGCUGCUGUUGAUAAGAGAGUACUGACAAUAAGUGGUGUAACAAUUCGCCGAUUGAAAUUACGUCCACAUUCAGAAGCAUUUUCAUACUUGUGCAAAUAUUCCUUUCUUGCUGGUCAGCCGAUACCAUCGGAAGACAAUAAUUAUUUGUUAUGUUGCUUAAAAAUUGCAGAAACCGAAGAGAACGGGAGGAAAGGACUAUUUACUUUCAGUGAUUCCUCUAUCUCAUUGAAGCCCAUUAUUGCGCUACAGUUGAAAGCCAAUUUGGUGAAUGUAACUUUAUUGGAACCAAUGGGUGACUGGACCAAAUUUCGAUGGCAUUUAAAGUUGAAAUGUACGAACUGUGGUGAAGAACCAGAACAUUGGCAGUAUGUUGUCGCGCAAGAAAAAGUUAAUAUACCUGGAAGCAAAGGAACUGCAAAUAUAUUGGAAAAAUGUAAAUUAUGUAACAGGAUGAAUUCACUCGAAAUUGUGAAAGGUUCGCUUCGACCCUAUAAAAGUGAUUAUGCUGAAUACAAGGAACUGGUUAAAUUUGACUGUCGUGGCUUGGAACCGACCGACUUCGAUCCACGAUCGCCAUGGCAAGCUAUUGGAGACGAAUCAACAACUAUUUUUGAAAAUAUUGAUCUUACUGAAAAGGAAUGGGCCGAUUACGAUGAAAGAACAGGAGAACCAGUGGAAAUUAAUGAUAUUCAUUAUCGAUUUGUACUUUGCCGAAAAUAA